ACGCAUACGACGACGAACGUGCUAGAAAGGUCCAAUCAACCGCACCAACGAUCCGUCACGAGGAGGAGGAGGAGGAGGAGGAUGCUGAAGGUCAAGUACAAGACGCUGCUGAGCAGGCAUUGGAAGAUCAUUUGACACGACAACUCAGUCACCCACCUUUUCUUGUCAAGACCAAGACACAAGAAGAAAAAGAAACGAUGCGACAGCAAUUUAAAAAGCAACAAGAACACCGACGGAAUCCAGCGAUAAGAGGACCUUAUGAAUGGAUAGGAAAACUCUAUGCACGCUUUUCGACGUCCUUUAUGUUGGAGAAUACAUCAUCCGUAGCAAGAGACCAUUUAGCAAACGAAAGGACAUUUUUGGCUUGGUUGAGAACGUCUUUAUCAUUGAUUACUGUGGGUGUAGCCAUUACACAGCUCUACCAUCUCACACCACAAACGGGCGGAGACAACACCAACCAAGUGACACAGGCGAAAAUAGGAAAGGCCUUGGGUGGUGUGUUUGUCAUUUUCAGUAUCGUCUUUUUGUACUUUGCCAAUGCUCGUUAUUUUCACACACAACUCGCCAUGACCAAAGGGCAAUUUCCAGCGAGUCGAGGCGCCGUCGUUUUUGGAUCCACAUGUAUCUUGGCUGUGUUGGUCGCUAUGUUUGUCGUUAUUGUCUCUGAUCUAAGAUAGACUGUCCUUGAGAAAGAGGGAUCCAAAAGGCACAUCCAUCCAUGCAUGCUGUGUUCUUUUGGGGUGUGUGUGUUGCUUGAUACAGGAUAAAGUAGCUCAGCGAGGGGGUCGAUCAAAGUACAUGCCCUUACGUCUAGACGGAGGAAGAGUGAGUGACUGAUCUGUAUAAAAAAUAAGAG